AUGGCGUCGAUCGAGCGGGAAGGGACUGCACCGUUUCUUCUGCAGCUUUUUUGCAAGAACGGUUCAUUUCACAGAACAGACGAGUUCGCCUCGAGAAACCUGCCACCCGCACUGUCACUCUACACGUGGCCCGACUGCACCCUGACCGAGCUCGCGGAGCAGAUCGCCGCCGCAGACCCUUCGUUACUGCCAAGCCCGUCCGUAGGCACCAGGCUGGCCUUCCGUGUUAUAUACCCAGAUACUCGAAAUGUAGCAGCCCCAUCCGGCACGCACCACGCGCAGGCACAGACCCCCCGCUUCAUGGUUAAGGACCUAGGGAGCGUCGUGUUGGGUGACGGCACGGCUGCCGCUAUUCUCGCCGCCAGCGGGGCCGAGGGGGGGGAGGGAGACAUGCACAUGGCCGAUACGACGGCGACGCUGCCGGACACCGAUACGGCCAAGGAUAAGACGCUCGGCGACGCCAAGUUUGUGGUGGGGGACUACAUUUCAUGUGCCGUUCUGCCGCCGCUGCCUGACGGCUCUGUGGCCCCGGCCCUUACUGCACGGAACGACAGGACAGCAGGACCAUUUAGCGCAAGGGGCGGUCUGGGCGGCCUGGCCUCACAGGGACCGCGCCGUGAUGCUGCGUUUGGUGGAAGACAGGGACGAGACAGAGAAAGGCGGCGCUCCGGAUUUGUGGACAGCGGUUUCCCCGAAGGAGAGUGGAGGAGAGGCGAGAGGUUGCCGGAAGACCCUCCUGACAGGUCUUGGGGCAGAGGACGGAGGCCAGACAGAUGGUGA